UUCCCUCCUUUUCUCCCGGCUCUUCUUAUACUUCCCCUCUCAGACGCUCGUUCACGAGAUCUCCCUCACCUGCGCAUAUCGGUUCUCAUCAUGAACUUCGGUUCGUUCAAUCUCCCCACCACGAGAUCGACCGGCGCUUCCUAGACUGUUGUCGCGGUAGGAGCAUGUCUCUGCCGGGACCAAAUGUCCGUAUCAGCCUCGAUUCCCGACACUUCGCUUGGCCUCACCUCCUCCGAGAUCCAAAUUCUGAGGCAACAACAACAAAUAGCGCUGCAGGGCGGCCACGGUGCCAAUGGUGUUUCCAGGGGCCGAGGGACCGGACGCACCAGCAACUCCAGUUCGCGCGCCGCCAGUGCCGCCAGCAGCCACGGUCGUUUAAUUCUGGAUCCUAUGAGCCUACGGGCGCUAUCGCAGCAGUUGGAUGGUUUGCAACAACAGAUUCGCAAUCGCCUUGAUGAUCUGGAAGAGCAAAUGCAGAUAUCUAUCCAAAGCACUUACGAUCGCGCCGGCAACGUCAUUCGCAAUGCUGAUGCCGAGAUUGCCCGUACCCGUUCCAUUUUAGCCUCAAUUGACGACUUGGAGAAUGAGCUUGCGAAGAUCGGGCAUAUUAGAGAAAUCGUGAAAGCGUAUCGUGGACGUAUAGAAGGUCUCGAUCAACGCCUGGAUCAAGCCGCCCGCCGGAGACACUGAGAUGCCAACCCUCGCGAUAUGUUCCUGUCCACACUCCAACACACCAUAUACUCUCGAACUUCAACCCUCAAACCUUUCUUUCUACUCGGAUUACCCUAGCGC